AUGCUGUCAGAAAAGAAAAGCAUCAUUGGACAACGCAAAAUUGAUUUUCUUGGAAUGAAAAUAUCCCAUGGAACCAUCUGCCCAGGUCCUCAUCUUGCUGAGCAAUUAUCACAAUUUCCUGAUGAUAAUCUUUCUGUCAAGGAAAUACAACAAUUUCUUGGCAUCAUUAAUUACAUCAGAGACUUUAUCCCACAUGCAAGUCAAUUCAGCAGUACCCUGUCACAGUUGUUGAAAAAGAAGCCACCCCCAUGGGGCCCUGACCAGACACAAGCUGUCAGACAUCUCAAAGAAGCUGCAAAGGAUCCACCGCCUCUAACUAUUCCAUCUACAGGAAAUCUUAUCCUCCAGUUAGACGCUAGUGACCAUUAUUGGGGUGUUUUUUUGCUUGAAGAUAAGGACAACAAAAGAGCUUAUUGUGGACACGUACAUGCUAUAUUCCUCCCACUCCAGGAGACGUACGUUCAUCUUGAUGAUCUAGCUAAUCAGAAAUCCCUGUUUUGGACUUUCCUCCAACUGUUUGAUCUUUUGUUAACAUGGAGAAGGAAAUUGACUACCAUCAUGGGUAAUCACAACCUAUGGAAGAUGGUCCUAGCUGAAGCAGCCGCAGUGUACAGUAUCGUCAUUCUACAUAGACCGUAUUUCUAUAAUUCAAACAGGAACCUCCUAUGGUCCCAGAAUCAAGUCUACGAAUGGGAUACGUUGUAUAACUUUCCUAGUACGUGGCCUAGCUACAAGCCUUCACUAUUGAAGCACCUCUGUGAAAUGAACAGUCUCCAGUUCUAUUCUGAACUCAUUCAUGUCAUUCCAGACAAGAUUCCUGCUCCUAAGCCACCUGACAAGGACCACCCUGAUCAGGAUCCUAUGGAUACUGAUGAAGAUUAUCUUUGGAAGUAG